AUGGCUGCACAAGAGCAAGAUGUAGCAGACAACAUAGUCCAGUACCAGAUAGAUUUUGGGCGGCAGCUAAGAAUAGAAAAGAUGUGCAGAAUUGAAAGAAAGGUGAAAAGAGGAUUUGAUGCAGCAAGAAACACCCUCAGGACUCUUGGGCUUGACCCAAGUGUUUUGCCGCAGCCAAGCAUGGACAAUUACAUUUCUUUUUCAAAUCCAGAGAAAGAGCUGGAGCUGCUCAAGACACAGCAGAGCACAAAAGACCAGAUAACCAUUGGAGAAGAGACCAAAAAGAUAUACGAAGAGAUCUGCAAAAAAUCAGUUCCAAAGAUUUUUAAAAUUCUCGUGCAAAAUAUCAGCACUAAGCAGGCACAGCACAAGAAGAUAAGCACAGUGUGCCAGAGAGAGCUGAAAAGAGCGCUGACAAAGACAGCAAAGACAAACCCCUUCCUAAAAGGGAAAAGAAUAACAAAAGAGCUGCAGACCUUCUUCAAGAGAGCCGAAAGAUCGAGCAGAGAGAAGAAAAAGAAAGAAGAGAAAGAGGACUACGAGCGAAGAAAAAAAGAGGAAGAGAAAAAAGAAGAGCAGAGACAAGAGAAAAAACUGAACUUCCUAAUCACACAGACCGAACUCUUCUCGCACUUUAUUCUUGGAAAAAAGAAACAAAACGAAGAGAUAGACGAAGAGUCAAAGAUCGCAUUCGAGGCAGCUGAGAAGCACCGGCUAGCAGUGAAAGAGUUCGACACAGCACCAGCAGAAAAAGAGGAAAAGGCGCAGACAGUCUACAACAACUCGAUCCUUCCCAUAUCAGAAGGCGUGAAAAUCCCCAAAAUACUCCAGUGCACUCUGAAAGACUACCAGAAAAGAGGGCUAGAGUGGCUUGUCAGUCUGUACGAUCAGGGGAUCAACGGAAUGCUCGCUGAUGAAAUGGGCCUGGGGAAGACAGUGCAGGCAAUCUCGUUUCUUGCGCACUUGGCAGAAAAUGAAAAUAUUUGGGGGCCAUUUUUGAUCAUCACACCUGCCUCCACACUGCACAACUGGGAGCAGGAGUUUGCAAAGUUCGUGCCAAGCUUCAAAGUCACCUCGUACUGGGGCGCAGUGGCUGAGAGAAAAGCGUACAGAAAGUCUUGGCAGCAGAGAAAGCUGCAAAGAGAAGACUCUCCGUUUCACGUUGUGAUCACGUCUUAUCAGCUAGCAGUCAGUGAUGAAAAAUAUUUCAGCAAGGUAAAAUGGCAAUAUAUGGUGCUGGAUGAAGCACAGGCCAUCAAAAGCAGCAGCAGCACCCGAUGGAAGACCCUCCUCUCCUUCAAAACCCGGAGCAGACUCCUCCUUACAGGAACGCCCAUCCAAAACACUUUGCAGGAGCUGUGGGCUCUUCUCCACUUCAUCAUGCCCACACUCUUUGACUCACAUGGAGAAUUUUCAGAGUGGUUUAAAAUAGAAGAUGGAGACAGCGUGAAUGAGGCGGCCAGGCUAAGGAUGGUUCUGCAGCCGUUUAUGCUGAGGCGUGAGAAAAAGGAUGUAGCAGAUGAACUGGGACAGAAAAUAGAGAAAACAAUCAUAUGCGAGCUAAGCCCAAAGCAGAAGAGACUGUACGAAGGGAUCAGCGCACGGGCUCCCAUGGCGUCAUUCUUGGACAAAGCGCUGCCAGAUGACCUCGAGGGAAUGGAGGGCCUGAUGAACCUUGUGAUGCAGUUCAGAAAAGUUUGCAAUCACCCCGAUCUGUUCGAAAAAAGAGAAACAUCCUCGGGGUGGAGCCAGCCAGCAACUGAGGUGUACAUUCCCCGCGUGCUCUCUGAUAUGGCAUUUUCAAGAAAAAGAAAAAUAUCGGAUGCAGUGGCAGUAGAAGAUGGAGACACAUUUUCAAAAGAAAAUUUUAUCGUAAAAACACCGGUAUCUAAAAGGAUAAAACUGCUAGUGGAUGACAGAGAAGAGAGCUAUAGUCUAUUCGAUGAAAUAGUCAUUCCCAGGUGCCUUCCUCCCAUGAGAAAAAUGGUCUCACCUGAAGUCAUUCCUGAAGAGACUCCAGCACCUGCAGAGACACUGGAGUGCAUUCGACAGCCGGCUGUGUAUGUUCCUUCGAUGGAAAGGUUUGUGAGCGAUAGCGGAAAGCUGGUUAUUCUGGACACUCUGCUUCCCAAGCUCAAGGAAGAGGGGCACCGAGUCCUGAUGUACUUCCAGAUGACGCGAAUGAUCGAUUUAUUUGAAGAGUACCUGACAGUUAGAAAUUAUUCAUAUCUAAGGCUAGAUGGAAGCAGUAGAAUAUCAAAUAGGAAAGAGCUCGUAAAAGACUGGCAGUCCAGCAACGAAAAGUUUAUAUUCUUGCUGAGCACAAGAGCAGGAGGACUUGGGAUCAAUCUUACAGCAGCAGACACUGUUAUUUUCUACGACAGCGAUUGGAACCCGACUGCAGACCAGCAGGCCAUGGACAGAGCGCACAGACUGGGACAGACAAAGCAGGUGACAGUAUAUAGGCUUAUAACAGCAGGAACAAUCGAGGAAAGAAUCAUGAAGCGCGCAGGAGUAAAGGGAGAGAUACAGAGAAUGGUUAUAAAAACAAGAGACUAG